AUGAUGAAAGUGCCGUCUGAGGAGGACGUGGCCGUGGAAUUCCUUCAGCGUGGGUCCACCGCACUGGGUGCUGCUGCUGCUGCUUCUGCUGCUGCUGUCGUCGAUGCGCUUGUUGUUGCAAUCGACGCAGCGACCUCCCUUGAACCCAAGUGCACAACACCCUGCCCUAUCCAGCAAGAAAGGAGAUGCAAUUUCACUCGCUUCUUCAUAAUGCAAUUCUCCACCGUCGCUGCUGCUUCUGCUCUCGCUGCCACCGUUGCCGCUGGCUACUCUAACGCCACCACCGUCACCACCGACGUUACCGUGACUGGCUACACCACCUACUGCCCAGAGCCAACCGUCAUCACCAUCACCAAGUGUGAGGAGGUUUGCAAGCCAACCGAGAUCACCGUGACUGAGGCCACCACCUUGACCGUCACUGAGCCAUGUGUUGUGCCAACCACCUACACCACUGCUUACCACACCACCACCUCCACUGUUCCAUGUGAGGAGUGUGAGCACAAGCCAACCACUGUUGCUGGUGAGUCCACCAAGCCAGCUGAGUCCACCACCGCUGCUGUCUCCUCUUACGAGGGUGCUGCUGCCAAGAACGUUGCUGGUGCCGUUGCUGGUGUCGCUGCCGUUGCCGCUGCUUUGUUCUAA